AUGGGGACGAUUGAUCGGCUCCCGCUUGCGCGUCGCUGUCGCAAUGUCCUCACCUCACGCUCGACGAUCCUCCGCGUGCGCUCCGCAUCGACACAUGUCUCGCCGACCGCGAUAAAUCUGCGCCCGCACAUCCCACCCCGGAACAAGGAGCUGUAUGAUGCGCUGUCCGCGCUCAGUGGAGCCGCCGAAACAUAUGUCAAUAUCAGCAGGCUGCAAUUGGCACUGCGGGGUCUCGCCGCGCAGGAUGCCGUCACAAGAGUUGCUGUUCUCGGUCUGAACAGUCAGUUAAGUGCACAGCAGCUUGCACGGCUACUGCUCGCAGAUCCGCUGAGUGCUGAAGAGCAGUGGGAGAAGGAGCUCGUGAAGACGAGCGAUGGCAACGAGAGGGCGGUACUACUAAAAUAUGGCGAUGACCCCGAUGCACACACGCCUUCACCCCUCUACAAAGUCCUCUCAAUACCCUCACGAACACUCCAGUCGCACAACCUAGAGGUCCUCGUGUCUACCAUUAACGUUAAUGUCGCCAGAUCCGUACCUCAUAUGACAACGGAGAGCUCUACUGAAUCGUUGUUGGUUCCCAAACUCCAGGCCACUUCUGCACGAGGACUACCGGUCCCAUACCCAGUACAUAAGACAUUGGUACUGGGAGAAGGAUUAGACAGUGCGAUUGCGUUUGGAAGAUUCUCGGCGGAUGGAUUGGAAGAGGCGCAGGAGGUCGUGAAGAUGGCUGUUGACCUUCCCGCGCCAUCGGAAGAGGCGAAACAAGACACUCAUACCGCAAGCGCCCCUAUCAAUAUUCAGGUCGGCACAAAGGCACUCGACAGCUUCCGUGAAUCGAUUCAGAACUCCAUCAUAUACGAGCGGGGGUGGUUCAAAAGCGGCUUGCCCACGCUGUCGGAGUGGCUGAUUCAAGAUCUCCAGGCUACAGGCACCUUGAAACCACCAAUGAAGACACUUAUCAGUUCUAUAGCGGAUGAUGUGGAAGCGAGCAUCACGAAACAAGACGCUACAAGAUUACAGCAAAUCGCUUCCGUUCCAACAGAACAAGAUGUAACAAGGUCUAUCGUCGGCCAUCUUGAAACCUGGGCCGAAAAGUCUCAUGCAGAGCUCCGCGAUCAGCUCGAUGAAGCCUUCACAGCGAAGAACUGGCACAAGCUGGCUUGGUGGAAGCUACUCUGGCGUGUCGACGAUGUCACAAUGAUCAGCUCUGAGAUCCUCGAACGGCGAUGGCUCAUCUCGGCGGAGAAGAACAGCAUCUACCUCGCCGGUCGCAUGAACCAAGCCGGAUUCCCAGAUGACGUCCAACACCUCGCUGUCGCUAACAUCCCUGAGGUGACAACGCAGGAAACAGCACCGACAGCAGAGAAUCCACGAACGGACCUUUCCACCAAUGUCCGGAAGCCGAUGCCAUGGUCUGAUCACAUUCCUGCUGCUCGCACAGAGCUCAUCAAUGACACUGUCCCGCCUCUCCAGGCCCUCGCUCAACGACUCAUCUUACAGACCUUCAGCACGACGUCCCUCUCUUCUGCUGCAUCAGCACUCCUCUACGCCUCAGUAUCUUCCUUCUCCGUUUUCGAGGCUUCAGCUGUCGCAGCACUUGGUCUCACAUUCUCUCUUCGCCGUAUGCAGAAGCUAUGGGAAGGUGCUAGAGAAUCGUGGGAGGAUACCCUGAGAGAAGAGGGGAGACGUACGUUGAAAGGUACAGAGGAAAGGGUCAGAUUCAUCAUCAGGAAUGGAGGAAAGGAGUAUGUUGAGGAUGAAAGCGUUGCUGAGAGGAGGGCAGCGAGGGAAGCUGUAACAAAGGUUAGAGAGGCACUUGAGCGGAUGAAUGGUGGUGCUGGAAAGUGA